AUAGUUUGGUUGCCACAACAACCGGUCCCAAACACAGCGCUGCACUGGGAGCCGGUGCUUAAUGCUGUUGGGAAUUAAUUUGGAGUUGUCUAUCUUAAAGACAAAAUAGAUUGUUUUAGUUUUAUGAACAUUCAGAAGCCAGCCAGAUGGGAAACUAAGAAUCUCCUUUUAUGCAACUUUUGUAGAGCAUUGAUUCAGAUUUAAGUGCCAGAUUUUAUGUAGAGUUCUUCAGUUUUUUGCAGUGCCGUGAGAAAAUGCCCGCUAAGUGCAUUCAGAAACGUGCCAUUAACAAAUCCAGGCUUCCUGAUUCCUUGAAUAGUCGACGCUGGAGGUUUUUGCCAAGUGGCUUGGAUGAUUUCAGAGACGGUUUCCCUCCUCUGUGUGACAGCAUCAUGAUGCAACCACAUACAAAGGGGUCUGACCCUAUUGUUCUUCCUAGUAUAGCCACAGGACUGGGCACAAUGCAGCAGUGGCCCAAAAGGAAAUUGCCAGCCAAGCCCCAUUGCUCCGCUUCCAAGCUCAGCCUGAUGCAGAAAACCAGAAGGAGCUGCAUUGCCCAGACUGAACACUGCCUGAGCCAACAUCCUUUAGCUCUCUAUCCCCAUCUGGAAGAAAGCAUCCCCCCAGAGCUUUUCAAGGAGGUUGUUGGUGUUCUGGAUCCAGAGAUGCUUCCAGUUAGUGAAGAAGCUGGUGCAUGUCUUGUUGAACAGGAGCAUCAAACCUCUUCUACAGUGAAGUCUCGGUUGGAAAACGAAAGAGGCAGACAAACAAAGUCCAAGUUCACCAACCACAAAUACCCCAAAGUCAAGAAUCCUUAUACCUGGUUCUCCAAAAAAGAAGUAAAGGCAAGAGAAAGGGAGGCUAUACUGAAUUACAUUCCUCCUGUCAGUGAAAAUGUAAAGCAAGCCACGGAGGAGCUUUGCAGCUGGCUUGAAUCCCUGGGAGGAGAGAAGUACGACAUCGAUGAAGCCACUGUUAUAAGCCUGUUUGAUGCAGGGUAUGAGACGAAGAUACCUAACUCUGUUCCUAUCAAUGUUGAGGAGCUGCAAGAUUUGCCUGCAGAGCUGCAAAUGUAUGUUGGGAAGUCACCACUUCAGACCACCAUGAAAAGCCAACCAAAGGAAUUUUGCCAGCCUAAACGGGAGAAGAUCAGGUAUGGUGCCUGGUACUUGGACCCAAAGACUUGGAAAAAGCAGAAGAGGAAUGAGCCUUUAGUCGACCCCAAAUCAAAGGAUGCAGACACCUGGAAUUCAGGAAAGAUGUUCGAUGGAAAGGAUACUGAGAUUAUAGAACUUCACGGAAUCCAUGCUUUUAAGGAAUUUCUUGAAAGGAAAGGCUAUCAGCUUCCAGAGGUAAGCAUGGUGACAAGCAAUCACUGUACAGUAUGUAGGCAACAAGACCAUGUAACUUCCAAAACUCUUAAAAACUAUGGUCUGUUAUCACACAGAGAAUCCCCCUCUCUUUUUUCUCUUUCAAGAUCUACUGAUCUCUUUCUCUACUCAAGAUAAUCUUUUAGUUAGCUAAUAUUUGAGCAACCUGAAUAUAUUUUCAAAAUGUGUUUAAAUGCUACUAGAAAACCUUUUAUCAAUAGUUUGCCUUGUAUUUACUGAAGUUAUUCUCAGGGGGAAUCAUGCAAGAAAUUUGAAUAAUUUGUCUUGCAAACCCAGCUGAAGGUGAUGACCAAAAGGAGCCAAUGUCUUGGAAAGUACGGUUGAGUCUCACUUAUCCAAGCUAAACGGGCCAGCAGAACCUUGGAUAAGUAAAUAUCUUGGAUAAUAAGGAGGGAUUAAGAAAAAGCCUAUUAAACAUCAAAUUAGGUUAUGAUUUUACAAAUUAAGCACCAAAACAUCAUGUUAUACAACAAAUUUGACAGAAAAAGUAGUUCAAUACGCAGUAAUGUUUUGUUGUAAUUACUGUAUUUAUGAAUUUAGCAUCAAAAUAUCAUGUUGCAUUGAAAACAUUGACUACAAAAAUGGCUUGGAUAAUCCAGAAACUUGGAUAAGCGAGGCUUGGAUAAAUGAGACUCUACUGUACUGUAAAUAAAUUAGUAAAUAAAUAAAUACCAAUGACAUGGGAAUCAUUCAUUGGUUCAAAGACAUUUCCUUCUAUAAUAUCUUAUGUAUAAAUCUCCCAUCAUCCUGCUUCACCAGGAGUCAUAAAAGUGCUAGGAAAGUCAGAGGCUUUGAGAUACUGUUCCUUUAUAAUUGCUUUGCCAGCUGAGUUCUGGAGGGUCCAAACUAUCCUGUCCCAAUUCAAUGCAUAUGUAAGACCCCCUUUCAAAAAAAAAAAGCUGAAAUUUAUCUUUUUGAUCAGUUCUUAAGGCGGAUACUCACUGUUCAAGAUGCAACUGGACAAAAAGUGGGAGUUUUAAAGAGAUCCGUGAAAGAAUUUUCGCAAUGUGAGGAGCUCAGUCAAAGAUACUUCAACAGCAAGGAAAUAAUAUAAAGAACUGGAUUUUUUCAAGGCUGAAGAGAACCUGAGCCUGCCAUAUCUCAGCCUAUUGAAUUCACUGUUGGAUCCACUGUUUGAUGGUCCCUUUUGGACAUUGGGCCAUGCCUGAUGGCAUCCAUGACAUUAAUGGAAGCAGAAUGAUCUAUGUUUUUCUAUUAGGUCCUCUCUAUCAUUGCUUGAUCAGGUUUUCAUCAACAUGUCAGUGCAUGUGAGCUCACUUAUUAAUAUCAACUUGAAAAAUCCUUCCUUCUGAAUGAGGCAAGGACAAAGAUGACAAACUCCUUUGUGUAUUGUGUAGAUGCAUAACAGGACACUGGCAACCCAAUCUACAUUGGAGUUCUGGUUCAUAUUGGAUCCAUAGUGCAAUGGAUCCCAUUGUGCAACUUUUCACUUUUCUGGCUCACUUACACAUUAAUCAUGUAACAGCACCUUCAUGCUAAACAUGGACAUUUUGAAACUCGGUUCUGUUUCCUGUAAAAAUAUGCCCACUUACAAAGUUGUAACUCCAAAAAUGAAUCCCAGCUAUUAUUACGUUUUUUCAUAGUCUUUCCAGCAUGAUUUCUGGAAUAUAAGUGAUUGUGAAUACGAAAUAGUCACGAAUAUGUAGAUUUGUAAGUGACUUAGUGGAUUCCAAUCAAAAAUAGUUUGCUCAGAUUGAUAGCAGCGGCAGAUCAGAAUUUAGAGGGCUGUGCUCUGCUAAUCUUUUAACUAUUAUUUUCUACCUCACAAAAUCUAGUGUAUAAACAGCUGAUGGAAAGAAUCAAGAUUUACAGAUUGCUGAUGGCAGCUUUAUUUGCUUUAUGACAGUGGUAAAUCUUAUAUGCAGAUUAUACAUAAAAGGCAUGAAGUGGGUUGCAAAUGCAAACAAAACUUGUGAGAUUUUAUAAAACUACAAGGCCCAUCAGAGCCACUCUUAGCAAAGGGAUACGUUAUAAUUUGGUCAAGUGCCAGCCUGCUUUAACUAUCUGGGCAGUAUUUUGGUACAACUACUUUGGAAGAAUCUUUUUUUCUGCAAAGUUAACAAAAACUAGCAAAAUUAAUAUAAAUAAUGCAAGUCAGUACUAAGCUCCCUGAACAGCAUUCAGACACUCAAGAGCCCAUUGUAUAGAUUUGACGGUCUGGCCACUGAAUAUCAGUUUUGUCAACUUCUUUUUCCUCCUCUAUCAACUAGAUGUAUUUAGAAGCCACAUCAAACUAUAAUAAAUAUGGAAAUAUUUUUUCCUCA